UUCGUCUACGCUCCAGGAACAAAGUCUUAUCUCUCUCUCUCUCUCUCUUUGGCCAUUAAAACUCAAAUUUCUCGAGGAAUUGGAGAUUUAACCCUAAAAAGAACGUCGAACACCAAUCUCUAAACACGGAGGUUAUGGCCAAGAAACGAGCCCCACUGGGUAACAUCACUAAUCAAAAGAAGGAUCCACGAUUACCAAAUUCAUCUGCUGGUUCGGCGCAUUGUUCGAAAUUGAAGUUGGCACCAACACAACCUGUUUGCGUCAAUGCUACUUCUCUGCUCACCCAAGCGUCUUCUUCUAGCAAAUCUGAUGAUGUAUAUAUGUCAGUGGACGAGACAAAGUCUACAUGUGAUUCCUAUAAGAGCCCUCCUCGAGUCGAGUAUAUCGAAAAUGAACAAGUGUCCAUCGAAAGGAAGGCAUUUAGCAAUCUAUACAUCACCCCCAUUUCACAGACAACAACUAAUGUUAAUUAUUGCAGAAGAGAUGUGUUGUCUGAAAUUGAGAAUAAGGAUCCGCAGCUCUGUCCAAUGUUUGCUUGUGAUAUUUACAAUCAUCUUCGUGCCGCCGAGGCAAAGAUGCUGCCUGCGGUUGACUACAUGGAGACAGUUCAGAAAGAUGUAAACUCUAGUAUGCGCGGAAUCCUAGUUGAUUGGCUUGUUGAGGUAUCAGAAGAGUAUAGGCUUGUACCCGAGACAUUGUAUCUGACAGUGAACUACAUUGAUAGAUAUCUAUCUGGCAAUGUGAUCAGUAGACAGAAGUUUCAGUUGCUUGGUGUGGCAUGUAUGAUGGUAGCAGCAAAAUAUGAAGAGAUAUGUGCACCACAAGCCGAGGAGUUCUGCUAUAUCACUGAUAAUACAUAUCUCAAGGAUGAGGUUCUUGACAUGGAAUGUGCUGUUUUGAAUUACUUGAAGUUUGAAAUGUCAGCCCCGACAGCCAAAUGUUUCCUAAGACGCUUUUUUCGGGCUGCCCAUGGUGUUCAUGAGGCUCCGUCUGUGCAGCUAGAAUGUAUGGCCAACUACAUUGCGGAAUUGUCUCUUUUGGAUUACACAAUGCUCUCUCAUUCUCCUUCACUUAUUGCUGCUUCUGCCAUUUUCUUGGCCAAGUAUAUUCUAGACCCUACAAGAAGUCCGUGGAAUUCGACGUUGCAACACUAUACGCAGUAUGGAGCGACGGAGUUGAGAGGAUGUCUGAUGGAUCUUCACCGAUUGUGUAGUAACGCUCAUGUCUCUACUCUUCCUGCUGUAAGGGACAAGUAUAGUCAACACAAAUACAAGUUUGUGGCAAAUAAGUUUUGUCCAUCUAUUAUCCCACCGGAGUUCUUCAAGAGCAGCAGUAUUGAUCAAUUUUCAAAUUAACUUUGUUCCAAUCUUGCGUUGGAUUGUCUGAUUUUAUAUAAUAAGUCAGUCUGCUGUUGUUGUACGCAUAUCUUAAAUUAGCUAUCUAUGUUCUCACUUCGAAAAUUCCAUGAUUAGUGAAAUCAUAAAAAUGGCAAAAUUAUUUA